AUGACAACAACGAAUUCGCCCACUGCAUGUGGCCAGAGCAUUGUGCUUCCAGUCGACGUCGUGUGUCGUCGUCGUAGUCGUCGAUGUUCUCUUCACAUCUCCCAGGCGAACCUCACUGCCAUCUCGUGUCGCCAAAGUAUGUGUGUGUGUGCACGUGUGUCAGCGACAGCUCGCCUCGUCAUAACAACUACCACUGCAUUUCGCACUGCUACGAUAUCUAGUAGUCCAUCAGCAUUGUGGGAAGCCUGGAAGGGAGGCAUUUCCCUCGGACAAGUAACCCGGCUGACUCUUGCUGGAGGGGUGCCGUCGUUCCUUCCUCCUAACCCCCAACCUCCACCGCCUACUGCUCGGGCAGCCAAAAGAUUUCGUUCAAACGAACUACACAUGAGUACACAUAUCAUCUUUGUUUUACUGCACUCAACCCUCGAAUCGGCCGCCAUGUUGAGUCUUCACGAAGUCAAGCCGACUUCGCUGAUUCGAAUUCUCCCCCAGAAGCGUGAGCGUGAAUGA